AUGCAACGGCUGUCGUUUUGUAUACAAUUAUUUAUCAUUUCUAACUUAUUUACUGUUGUCAAAUGUCAUAAUUUAUUUUCGAAUGCUGUGGAUUCAACAUUGAAUCCAAAUGUUAUUAUGAAAAACUGUACGAUUGGAGAAUUAUGCACAGGUUCUGUUAAUUCAAGCUCCGUAUAUUAUUAUGCAGUUCAAUAUACAUUUACGCCAAACACGACUGUACGUGUAACAACAAAUAUGAAAUAUAGUAUAGAACAGGAUGCGCCGAUUUUAGUUGUAGUCCGACAAAUUCGUGGAAUUGUUUCAUGGACACUUCCUUAUACUUUUCCAAAUGGAAUGAUUUAUUCAAAUGUUUCACGUAUAUUAUGUUUACAUAAUGAAGCUAAUCGUACAGAAAACCAUCUUACUACUGUUUUUAUUGAAAUAUCAACAUCGAAUACGGAUUUAAUUGAAUAUUCAAUUCAACUCGAUAAUGUCACUGAAUAUUCACUUCAAGUAGGGGUUUCACAUCAAUUUGAUGUAUCACCAUCUAUGCCUGUUUAUUAUAAAUAUAAAUUUCCACCUACUGUUGAAAGUGUUUUUAUUGAAGUUGAAUCACAAGAUCAAUUAUGCACUAGUGUAUCUGUUCAAUCAUUCGAUUGUCCAGUAUAUGAUGUGAAUGAAAUUGGUAUUAGACAAGGACAUUAUCAGACAAUGUCAAAAAGUGCUUCGUUUAAUGUUCAUUCAAAAGAAUUUCCAAAAAGAAAUGAAUUUCUUUUGGUUUUUAUUGUUAAACCAACAGAUUUUGAUUGUUUAAAUGAUAAAGAAUCAACAAUGAUUCAACCUGCUGGUGUUGUUGAUGUACCAAGAAAGAAAAAUGCAGUAGUUAAACUUCAAACAACAACAUAUUAUAAUUAUCUUCUUGUGGCUAUAUUUGUUACCGGUGGAUUGUUUUUUCUAAUUUAUCUUAUCGCUUUUAGUCUUAUGUGUAAAUAUAAGGAUACUUAUGAUGGUUUAGAUACUGCUCAUUUGGCAUCGUUAGAAGUAACCUCAGGAGCAGAACUUGCUGAACGUCGAGCUAGUAUGCAACGUAGUCAAACGAAUGAAGACGAAUCGAGUACAAAUGCAUAUGCUCGUCAAACAUCUGCUAUGGAAGUUAUCCAACCCGAAGGUGUUGGAUAUGUCACUGUUCAAUAA